AUGUUUUGUAGCAGCACUGCAUAUGGUAGUCAGGAUAUUGGUAACGGUACCCCAAGUCGGGAGUUACCUGCUAUCUCUUUGUCCAAAUCUAUCUAUCUAUCUAUCUAUCUAUCUAUCUAUCUAUCUAUCUAUCUAUCUAUUUCUCCAUAUAUGUCAACGAGUGAUCACAUAUCUAUCUAUCUAUCUAUCUAUCUAUCUAUCUAUCUAUCUAUCUAUCUAUCUAUCUUCUCUCUCCUCUUCCUAUCUACCUCUGCCUAUAUUCUAUCUAUCUAUCUAUCUAUCUAUCUAUCUAUCUAUAUAUAUAUAUAUAUAUAUAUAUAUAUAUAUAUAUAUAUCUCUUCUUCUCUCUCUCUCUCUAUAUAUAUAUAUAUAUAUAUAUAUAUAUUAGUCCUAGCUAUCUCUUCACAUACAUAUAUAAUAAUCGAUCUAUCCAUCUAUCUAUCUAUCCUUCUAUUUUUUAUUUAUUAA